UUUUCCAUUCUUCAGGCAAUUAUGGAAGCAGCAGUACAGAACAACUGGCAAGUGACAGCCAGAUCUGUAGGAAGCAUAAAGGAUGUUCAAGAGUUCAGAAGAAUUAUAGAGGAGAUGGACAGGCGGCAAGAAAAAAGAUAUUUAAUUGACUGUGAAGUAGACAGAAUCAACACCAUUUUGGAACAGGUUGUAAUCCUUGGCAAACAUUCUAGAGGCUAUCACUACAUGUUAGCUAACCUGGGUUUCACAGACAUUGUUCUGGAGAGAGUAAUGCAUGGAGGUGCCAACGUCACUGGAUUCCAGAUUGUUAAUAAUGAAAACCCAAUGGUUCAACAGUUUCUACAACGCUGGGUGAGGCUCGAUGAAAGAGAAUUCCCUGAAGCCAAAAACUCACCAUUAAAGUAUACGUCUGCACUGACCCACGAUGCAGUCCUAGUCAUAGCAGAGGCUUUCCGUUACCUCCGAAGACAGCGUGUGGAUGUCUCCAGGAGAGGUAGUGCUGGAGACUGCCUGGCUAACCCUGCAGUACCAUGGAGCCAAGGAAUUGAUAUAGAAAGAGCGCUGAAAAUGGUGCAAGUUCAGGGAAUGACAGGGAACAUCCAGUUCGACACCUAUGGGCGGAGAACAAAUUACACAAUUGAUGUGUAUGAAAUGAAAGCCGCUGGAUCACGGAAGGCUGGUUAUUGGAAUGAAUAUGAAAGAUUUGUGCCAGCAUUAGAUCAGCUGCCCUCUAAUGACACUUCAUCUGUGGAGAACAGGACUAUAGUAGUCACUACCAUCUUGGAAUCACCAUAUGUAAUGUAUAAGAAAAACCAUGAACAACUAGAAGGGAAUGAGAGAUACGAAGGAUAUUGUGUAGACUUAGCUUCUGAAAUAGCAAAACAUGUUGGAAUAAAAUACAAACUGUCAAUUGUUGGAGAUGGGAAAUAUGGAGCUAGGGACCCUGAGACUAAGAUAUGGAAUGGCAUGGUGGGUGAACUGGUCUAUGGGAGAGCAGAUAUAGCUGUUGCCCCCCUCACCAUAACAUUGGUGCGAGAAGAAGUCAUAGACUUUUCCAAACCCUUCAUGAGCCUGGGCAUCUCCAUCAUGAUCAAGAAGCCUCAGAAAUCUAAACCGGGCGUAUUCUCUUUCCUGGAUCCUUUGGCUUAUGAAAUUUGGAUGUGUAUAGUCUUUGCUUACAUUGGCGUCAGCGUAGUUCUUUUCCUAGUCAGCAGAUUCAGCCCUUACGAAUGGCACUUGGAAGACAGCAGUGAAGAACCACGUGACCCUCAGAAUCCUCCCGACCCUCCAAAUGAGUUUGGAAUAUUUAACAGCCUUUGGUUUUCCCUGGGUGCCUUUAUGCAGCAAGGAUGCGAUAUUUCUCCAAGAUCUCUCUCAGGGCGAAUUGUCGGAGGAGUCUGGUGGUUCUUCACUCUCAUCAUUAUCUCUUCCUACACUGCUAAUCUUGCUGCCUUCCUUACGGUGGAAAGGAUGGUUUCUCCCAUAGAGAGCGCAGAGGACCUGGCUAAACAAACCGAAAUAGCCUAUGGCACUUUGGAUUCAGGCUCAACCAAAGAAUUCUUUAGAGUAAGUCUGUUAAAUCUCCAUUAG